AUGAAGUUCACCGGCCUUACCGUUGUUGUCGCCGCCCUUGCUGGCCUUGCUGCUGCCUCUCCCGCUCCCCUCGUGAACGGAAAGCUGGUCUGCGGAACGAUGAAGGACAGCAUCGUCACCUGCCCCUUUGGACAGAUCUGCUUGCUUGCUCCGGGCGCUGAUGAGAAGUCUGCCACGGGACCUACUGCUACUAUUGCUACUAUUGCUACUAUUGCUACUAUUGCUACUAUUGCUACUAUUGCUACUAUUGCUACUAUUGCUACUAUUGCUACUAUUGCUACUAUUGCUACUAUUGCUACUAUUGCUACUAUUGCUACUAUUGCUACUAUCGCGACUACUGUUACUACUGUCACUAUGGUUACUACUGCUGCUGCUGCUGCUUUAGAACCUACCUAG